AUGCCGACCUCAGUCCAAGAUUACCAGCCCGCCAUGACAUCUGGCACCACAGCCGUCGCCAAUUUGGGCCUGAUCACCUCCCGCCCAACGGGCCGGCAGGGCUCCAUCAGCGACCCGGAGUCGGCCAUGUCCACCAUCACCGACCAGUGCGCCCCCCCAACCCCACCUUCUCCGCGAAGCCGCACCCCACCACCGCCGCCCCCACCCUGUCGCCGGCCCUCUGUCACCGUGUCCAUGGUUCACGGCGACAGCGUCGAUGAGCUAGGCGCGGAACCCCGUCUUGCUGUUCUCCAUCGCAUCCCGACUUACCUCCAACCUCCAUUGCCAUGGCGCGAACGAUUGCUGCACUUCACCUUUGCCUGGUACACCGUCACCAUGUCUACUUCUGGCAUCGCCAUGGUCAUCGCCCUCACGCCCCAUCGCUUCACUGGUCUCGGCACCAUAGGGCUGGUCAUCUUCCUCCUUGACCUCCUGGCGUUUUUGUUCAUCACGGUGAUGAUCAUCCUCCGGCUCGUCAUGUACCAGCGCACCUUUCGGCGGGCGUUUACUCGACCCCACGAAGCGCUGUUUAUAUCCACCCUCUGGCUUUCCAUCUGCGCCAUGCUGCUCAACAUUGACGAAUACGGACGGAUAUUUUUGAAUCCGGCGGCAUAUUUACGACUUGCCCCGUUCAUGAGAGUCGCUUUUUGGAUCUACCUCGCUGUUACCUUUCUGUUUUCGGUCUUGCAGUAUCACCUGCUGUUUACGGUCAAGGAAGAGAGACGGCUGUCGAUUGAUGCCAUGACGCCGGCUUGGAUCCUACCGAUAUUUCCGGUCAUGUUGGCGGGCUCGUUGGCGGGUUCGUUGGCCAAGUCACAACCUGCUAUUCAGGCUCUUGAGAUGAUAUCUGCUGGGUUGGCGGCGCAGGGACUGGGAAUAUUGGUGUCGAUGUUUUACUAUUCGACCUAUUUGUCAAGGCUGAUGGCGUUUGGACUGCCGGUGCAGAGGCCGGGUAUGUUUAUUGCUGUUGGGCCACCGAGUUUUACUUGCUCUGCGCUGGUGGCCAUGGCGGGUGAGGUACCGAGGAUAUUGGUGGGCUUGCCGGCGAUGGAGGUGAUUACAUUCAGUGGUGGAAAUCCAGGGGUCAAUAUCCAGACUCUCGGGGCUGGAAUACGGCUGUUGGCUAUGACGACUGCGGUGUUCUUAUGGGGGUUGAGCUUCUGGUUCUUUGCGAGCGCGACCACGGCGGUGGUGGCUGGGAUGCCGGAUAGGAAGUUUCAUCUCAGUUGGUGGAGCUUUGUGUUUCCCAAUGUUGGCUUCACGUUGGCGUGUAUACGCAUGGGGAGGGUGUUGGAAAGCGCGGGGAUGCUGUGGUUCAGUACGGUCAUGACGGUUUUGUUGGUGGUGGCUUGGGGGUUUAUUGGGUUUCGGUGUGCGGUGGCCGUGCACAAGAGGGAGAUUCCGGGCAGUCGGAGAGCGUUUGUCUUGACACCGGUUAUCCACGGUCAGCCAUCUAUGUCGCUUCACGUGCUCUUUGAAGAGCUGUCAGGAGGGGAUCUGCGGGGGAUGGGAAUUUAUUUGCAAGGGCAAGUGGCAAACCCCGCUUCGAAUGUGAACGCGGAGGCGCCAAGACUGGGGAAGUUGCCGAGGUCUUUGUCCCAAUCGAGAGGUCUUCAAUCCUCAAAACACUCGGCGCCUCAACAGGUUGAGAAGAGACCUACGAACUCGAGCUCUUCCCACACACAGCAGGGCAAUCCGGACGAGAGCAUCAUCAGCAUGGCGUCUAUUUCUCUCGGUGCGUUCCAGCUCUAUUGGGCUUCCAUUGUCCGAACAUACAGCCCUGGUCAGAUCGAGUUCUUUGGCAGUCUUGCUGUUCAGCUGCUCUUCUUCUGGGUCCCUGCCAUCGCCUAUACCGCUCUCGACUACAUCCUGCCCAGUUUCUCAGCUAGGCACAAACUGCAACCGGCACCAAAACAACCGACAUGGAAAGAAAUAAAACAUUGCGCCUAUAUCGUCGGCCGGAACCAACUCAUGAACACAGUAUUUGCUCUCUUGAUGCUGGCUAGAUCCCACUACACCGGGAAUCCCUCGAGCUUCCAAAUCACAGAGACUCCUCCAACUCUCAAUAUCUUCCUCCGGGACUUUCUCAUCAGUUGGAUCGUGAGGGAGAUCUCCUUCUAUUACGUCCAUCGACUGUUCCACACACCCCGAUUCUACAAGAUGAUUCACAAGGUCCACCACGAAUUCAUCGCACCUGUUGCUCUGGCAGCGCAGUAUGCCCAUCCGAUCGAGCAAGUGGUGGCAAACACGCUGCCCGUCGUCAUGGCCCCUAUCUUGUUGAGGACUCACAUCUUGACAUUCUGGGCAUUUUUGAGCUGGCAGCUCAUCGAGACGAGCACUGUGCACAGUGGCUACGACUUCUUUGGUGCCAUUGCCAAGGGUCAUGAUGUCCACCACGAGAAGUUUGUUGUCAACUAUGGAGCGUACGGGUGGAUGGACUGGCUGCAUGGGACGGGCCCGAAGCAGAGGCCCAUGUCGAAGAACAAGAGGAAUUGA